GUGGCAGGUGUCUGCCUUCACACAGGCCCCGUCGUCCCCCACUUCCUGAGGAGCCAGCAGGCCCAGCCAGCAGAGACUGCCCUUGUCCUCUCUGUCCCAGCCGUGGCUGCCACAGCCGCCGCCUCCGGGCACCAUCCUGCGGGAAGGGACAAGAUGAAGUGGAAGGCGCUCGUCAUGGCGGCCAUCCUGCAGGCCCAGCUCCCUGUCACAGAGGCACAGAGCUUCGGCCUGCUGGAUCCCAAACUCUGCUACCUGUUGGACGGGAUCCUCUUCCUCUAUGGCGUUAUCGUCACUGCCCUGUUCCUGAGAGUGAAGUUCAGCCUGAGCGCGGCGGCCCCCGCGAGCCUGCAGGCCCAGACCCAGCUCUACAACGAGCUCAACCUCGGCCGCCGGGAGGAGUACGACGUUUUGGAUAAGAGGCGGGGCCGCGACCCCGAGAUGGGCGGCAAACAGAGGAGGAAGAACCCGCAGGACGUCGUGUACAAUGUGCUGCAGAAAGAUAAGAUGGCCGAGGCCUACAGUGAGAUCGGGCUGAAGGGGGAGAACCAGCGGCGGAGAGGAAAGGGGCAUGAGGGCCUCUACCAGGGGCUCAGCACGGCCACCAAGGACACGUACGAUGCCCUCCACAUGCAGGCCCUGCCCCCCCGCUAACCAGACGGGCACUUCACCAGGCACAGGCCAGACCCGCAGACGCCCAGACUGUUAGACACAGGAAAAAGCAUUUACCCUGUCCCCUCCUCUUCCCACCACCAUGGUAUUCCUCUCUGAACAGGGUGCUUCCAAGUUGUAACAUUUGGCCACACCCAGUACCCCCCUCACCCCCCACAGAAGAGCGUCCCUGGAGGCUCUAAAGGGUGUGACCCCAGGGCAUGGCCCUAGCUGAGGAGCCCGCUGUGAGCAUAGUGUGACCUCAGGUCCCCUGGUUUGCGGGAGGCUGGGGGCAGCCCCCCAGGGGCUCUGGGCUUACCUGGGACACGGGUAUCCUCCUCACAGCUGGGUUAAGUCUGUGUAAAGUCCCUGAGAAACCCCAAAGGUUAGCCCGCAUCCUAAUGGUCUGUAUUGCUCUGUCAGUAUUGGAGUGGCUCGUUUCUGCUGUGAAUCUGGCUUCUGUUGUCAGCCUGCCCCCCACUUCAAGGGACCUGUAAUUCUCAUGGUUGGGUAGAGGCUGUGUUGCCUCCCUUCAAGGCCUGGGCAGCGGGGGAGGUGGCAAGGGCACGUCUGCCAAGUGUGCAGCAGCCAGAGGUGAUGGAGGAGGGCCUGGGCAGUGGGGGAGGUCUGGGAGCAGGGGCACCAUCUCGGAGGCCCACCUUCAGUCGCCAGUGACUCCCCAUCACAGAGACUGUGUCCCAGGCACUGUGGGGCCCCAAGGAGCAGCAGGCCCAUCCCUGCCCUUGGGGAGCUUGUUCUUACAGGGGCAUGAGUGUGAACAGAGUGUGGUGGGGGCAGGAGAAGGGGGCAAGAUGCUUCCCACCUCACCCGGAGACAAACCCAUCCUGGCGAAAGCCUCAAAGGGAGACAGCGCCGCCCAGAUCUGUGAGGUUCCCCAGGACAGCGGCCCGGCCAGAACCAUCUGUUGGCUUCUGGAACCCUGCUCUGUAAUUAAAGGCACGUGGCUGGGGGGGACCCCUCCCUGUUCUGCUUGUUUUAACUUACACUGGCUUGCUAAGCCUGAUGCUAAUGCAUAAUAAAUACUCCAGUGAAAACGCUU